UUUCUAGAGUAGCAUAAGCAGGUUUAAAAGUCUAGCUACCUAGUUGUCUUUUAGGUGAUUUCUUUCAAAACCAACGAGAAAGCUAGUUUCUUCCUCUGUAUUCUUAUAUAACCUUCACUAUCUUCCAAAAAUUACAGUCCUUGUAGCAACCCACACCUAAAAAAUAUAUAUACAGUUUUGCUUCAUUGAUUGCUAUUUUCUCAAAAUUCUCAAAAGUCUAAGCAUAUAUUUCCAUGUCAUAGUCUUUGAUUAGCUUCUCUUCCAAAGAACCACACAAUGUUACCCUUUUUUCUCAGUCCCGUUGCCUUCUACAACAACUACCUCCGACGUUGCUUCACUGCCUCUGGCCUCUCGCCGCAAGCCGUCGACGUCGACAACGAGACCACCAUCCAUUUCUGGGGGCCCAGCAAAAAUACCCAAAAAUCUUCAUUGGUCUUGAUCCAUGGCUACGGCCCAGUAGCCCUUUGGCAAUGGCGGAAACAGGUCCAGUUCUUCUCCCCCAAGUUCAACGUCUAUGUCCCAGACUUAUUGUUCUUCGGAGGAUCGACGACGAAGUCGCCGGAGAGAUCGGAGAUCUUCCAGGCGGUUUCUGUAGUGAAACUGCUCGAGAAGCUUGGAGUGGAAAGGUUUUCAGUGAUGGGUACGAGCUAUGGAGGGUUUGUGGCGUACCAUAUUGCGAGAAUGUGGCCUGAGAGGGUGGAGAAGGUGGUGAUUGCGAGCUCAGGCGUGAAUAUGAGGCGGAGACAUAAUGAAGAGCUGGUGAAAAGGGCCAAGUUGGAGAAAAUCGAGGACCUUAUGCUUCCGGCGACGACAAAUCAGUUUCGAGCACUUAUGAGUCUGGCCGUGUUUAAACGACAUAAUAUGGUGCCAGACUUUCUAUUAAACGACGUCAUCAAUAAAUUGUACUCAGAAAAAAGGAAGGAAAAGCUGGAACUUCUAAAAGGAUUAAGUUUUGCAAAAGAUGACACAACAAGCGUUUCUCCUCUCCAACAGGAGGUGUUGAUAUUAUGGGGAGAUCAUGACCAGAUAUUUCCCUUGGAGUUGGCUACCGAACUCAAGGAGCUUCUUGGGGAGAAGGCAAGGUUGGAGGUGAUGAAGAAUGCAUCGCAUGUGCCCCAGAUUGAAAACCCACCACUUUUCAAUGAUAUUGUCAACAAGUUCUUAUGCGAGUCCUCCUGAUUUUCUUCAAUUUUCUAUUUCAUAAUGUAAUGUUGGAUUCAAGUAUUGAAAAGAAAUUUGAUCUAUAUAUUUUAACU